AUGACCUGCAAUUGGCAGCUAGCUCACGUACUCUGGCGUCAAGAGCAUCUUCGUUCCAUGAAGGUUAUCUGCACUGUCGCAAAAAAAGAAUUAUCUGCCACAUUCAAGCGACCUUCGAACGGGUACGAGCUGUCGUUCGCGCUACCCAGGCCCCGUCCGCCGCAAAAGCACUGCGGGCCCACAGCUCGUCGAACUGCAGCUGCUGCUUCGCGGCGUGAAGUCUCCUGUCCAACUACCCCGAGCCGAUGCCGUUGGAGCGUGCGGACACACAACCUGUCCGCCUGGAACGCCCGAACAGGAACUGACCUCAGCGGGGCGGCGGUGGUGCCUUCGCUGCAGGCCGCCUCUCAACCAGCAUUGGUGUCGGCGCGGUUGGCGCGCUGCGCACCUGCAACUUGCAACGCCGGGCACGGCAUAAGCAGCCGCAGAGAACGACGCCGAGUGAGUGAUUUCUUCGGCUACAUCCCGUUGGGAAGUUUCGAGGGACCCGGGAGGCUGUUAACAAUCUUCGAGAGUGCGGAAGUGAGCUUAGUGAAGGAGAUGCCCCCUCUGCACCGAAAGCAGUCCCGUCGCGUUGUAUGUGUUGCGGACACGAGCAGUGAUGACAGUUCGUCAUCGGCAAUGGCUUCAGAAGCCUCAAAGUUCCCUGGCCCCGAUAAGUUUCAAAACGCAGCGCUUACACGCACAUCCGAGAAUGAGUUGGACGCAAAUCAGCCUGGAACUGGCACGCUCGACAGUGUUGAAGAAACUCCAGUCUACGGAGCGCCAACCACGGACGCUUCGAGCGACGGUUUAUCUCCAAGAACGCCUAGGAAACCUUCGGGUACAUCUUCAUCGUUGGAUCGGGAAGAGGGAGACGCUGGUGGCUCCGAGUUGUUCGGAACCGGACGAUUGCGACCAACAGCCUCGGAACAGGUAGCGGAGGUCAAGAGCGAUGUCUCGCCGGCGGACGCGGACAGCAACCACCGGCUCGCAUCAACGCUCCAGACCGCUCAGCUUGGUUCAAGCGAAGCGAAGCCGCCCAAGAAACGAGCCCGCAAAGGAGAGCGCGCCAAACGCACGCUCAGCACCAAGGCGAACGGCGACUCGGAUGACGAGGAUCGACAGACAGGACUAUACGGUGCCCUGGCGGCAGACGAUUACCUGAAGCUGUUUGAGCCCUGUUGGGAGCCCGGCCAACCCGUCCCAUAUAGUUUUCUUGCGAAUGCGUUUGAAACAAUGGCGGGAACAAGCGGACGCAUCGACCUGACCCGCCAACUUGCCUGUGUUCUGUUCCAUGUACUGAAUCGAACGCCGGUGGAUCUAUUGCCGACCAUUUACCUAGUCAUUAACCGGCUAGCACCAGCGCAUGAAGGUCUUGAAAUCGGCGUUGGAGACGCUCUGUUGUUGCAAGCGCUUGCCGAUGCCACAGGGCGGAGUCUCAGCAAACUCAGAGAAGACUAUCACCGGACAGGCGACCUGGGAGAUGUCGCCGUCCAUUCGCGAACGACGCAGCGCACCAUGUUCGCCGUGCCUCGCCUGACGAUUCGCAAUGUCUACAAUGAGUUGCUGGCCAUUGCACGCGCUUCCGGUAAGGCAAUGCAGGAAGAAAAACGUCGCCGUAUUCAGAAGCUCCUCGUCGCUGCAAAGAAUAAUGAAGCGAAGUUUAUUGCCAGGGCACUACAAGGAAGAUUGCGUAUUCGGCUUGCGGAGAAAACCGUUAUUCUGGCACUUGCGGCCGCAUUUGUACAGAAUGCGGCAGCGAGUCGUGGUACGCACCCGGAUGCGGCACGCGUCGAACGGGCUGCGCACCUACUGCGAACAUCAUCCAAUGAAUGCCCGUCAUGGAAUAUGAUUACUGAGGCAUUGCUCGAGUUGCAAGAUAUCGAUGAGCGGCUUCUCGAGCGAUGUCAUUUGACACCAGGCCUCCCAGUGAUGCCCAUGCUUGCCAAACCCAGUAGGUCUAUAGCGGAAGUCCUCACUCGGUUCGAAGGGAUGCGCUUUACCUGCGAAUACAAGUAUGAUGGCGAGCGAGCCCAGAUCCACGGCCUCGCAGAUGGAUCCAUCCGCAUAUACUCACGGAAUGCUGAAGAUCAUACGCGCAAAUAUCCGGACGUCAUGGAGCAGAUACUACAGGCGGUUGGCUCGUCAUCCGAUCAGCCUUCUUUUAUUCUGGAUUCGGAGGUGGUAGCCUUUGAUCGAGACGCCCAACGCAUUCUACCUUUCCAGUACAUUCAGCAGCGCGCGCGCAAACACGUCUCGCUGGACGACCUCAAAACGAACGUUCUCAUCGUGGCGUUCGAUAUCCUAUACUGGAGAGGAGAGCCCCUGACUCGCAAGCCAUUGGCAGAACGGCGAGCGAUCCUGCGGGAUGCCUUUCAAGAGGUGCCGGGUGGUUUUCGCUUUGCGACGCGACGCGAUGUAAGCGACCUGGACGGUAUUCAAAAGUUCAUGGAGGAGGCUGUGCGUGAUUCGUGUGAGGGCCUCAUGGUGAAAGCGCUUGAAGGUCCUCUUUCGACUUAUGAACCGGCGAAUAGAACACAGCACUGGCUCAAGCUCAAGAAGGACUACCUCCGGACAAUCGGCGAUACACUGGAUCUGGUUCCGAUUGGUGCGUAUUACGGUCGCGGCAAGCGAACCGGCUGGUUCGGCUCGUUUUUGCUCGCCUGCUAUAAUCCAGAGACGGAACAGUUCGAGGCAGUAACACGAGUCGGCACGGGCUUUUCGGAAGAGCAGAUGGCCCAGCUCCACUCGGAGUAUGCGCAGUACGUGCUGGAUAGCCCACGGCCGUAUGUGGCCUGCAGCGAGUCCGUGAAACCGGACAUUUGGUUGGAUCCCCGCCAGGUUUGGGAGGUUCAGUGCGCUGAUUUGAGCAUCUCGCCCGCUUACGUGGCAGCCUGUGGGUACAUUGCCCCAGACAAGGGCAUCUCGGUUCGCUUUCCUCGUCUGCUACGAAUCCGGAGCGAUAAGCGGCCGGAGGAUGCUACGACCAGUGCACAGCUCGCUGAAAUGUAUCGGAAUCAGUUCCGGUCUACGGAGAGCUCGUCUGAAUCUUCAUCAUCUGCAGCGCCUAGCGAUGAAGAGCCAGAAAGAAACGCGGAUGACUAG